AUGAAAUACGCACAGUAUGUUUUCCUGGCCUCGGUCUUCUACACUGUUGAAUAUAGCCUAGCUCAGACCUGUGCAGUGGAGUCUUUCUCUGUGAAAGACAAUUUUGAUCCAAAAAGGUAUGCAGGGAAAUGGUAUGCCCUGGCCAAGAAGGAUCCAGAAGGCCUUUUCCUUCAGGACAACAUCUCUGCUGAAUACACUGUGGAGGAAGAUGGCACAAUGACGGCAUCCUCCAAAGGCCGAGUGAAGCUUUUUGGUUUCUGGGUGAUCUGUGCUGACAUGGCUGCUCAGUACACUGUACCUGAUCCAACCACUCCAGCAAAAAUGUACAUGACCUACCAGGGACUGGCCAGCUACCUCUCCAGUGGUGGGGACAACUACUGGGUGAUUGACACUGACUACGAUAACUAUGCCAUCACCUACGCUUGCCGCAGCCUGAAGGAGGAUGGCUCCUGUGAUGAUGGCUACUCCCUGAUCUUCUCGCGCAACCCCCGUGGCCUCCCCCCAGCCAUCCAGCGCAUCGUGCGCCAGAAGCAGGAAGAGAUCUGCAUGUCUGGCCAGUUCCAGCCUGUGCUUCAGUCAGGUACCUGGGGCUAA